AUGGCACUUAAUGCCGCAAGAGGAAUAACUUGGACGAGUCAUGGGUCUCACGUAAUCUGUAGGGAGGCAGGCAUCAAAUGCUAUGUGUUGGCUCCAGACCCUUCAAGUCGGUGCUUUAGAAUCAUGCAUAUCAUUGAACCCCCAUGCUCAGGGAGGAAAGGUGUUACCAUUGAAGCCUUAGACAAAAGGCUAUUUCUUCUGGGUGGUUGCAGUUACGUACAUGAUGCUACGGAUGAAGUAUAUUGUUAUGACGCCUCAUCAAAUCGCUGGAGCGCAGCAGCUCCAAUGCCUACUGCAAGCCCGACAGUUGUGGUGGAUGGAACACUGUACAUGCUGGAGCAGUCGAUGGGCACGAAGCUGAUGAGGUGGCAGAAGGACACCAAGGGUGGGCCACGCUUCGGUGAGCUCUCCGACAAAGUCACAAGACCCCCUUGCGCGCUUGUGGCCAUUGGCAGGAAGAUUCAUGUGAUUGGAAGAGGGCUGAGUAUAGUCACAGUUGAUGUGGACACAGCGGCGAGAGUAGAUGGGUUCCUGGUUACCACUUCUGUAGGCCCAUUGGUUGAGGAGGACUUGACGCCGGAGAGGUGCACGGUGAUCACCAUCUGA